AUGACUCGCUGCUCGAGUUCUCUCCAGUCCCGACUCCGGUGAGCCCCUCCCCUCGCCGCCGGCGAUCUCCAAAUAAGAAAGCCAAUAAGUUUCCAAUCCGCCAACCGCACAGAGACCGGGCAGGCGUCUGAGGAAGUGAAGCUCUCGCGCACUCUAACUUUGGUCUGUUAGCCGCAGUUGCUCCCCAUGGACGGCGCCGCUGCCUCCGCCGCCGCCGCCGCCGCCGCCGAGAGUGGACUCGCGGGGCCGGCGGCCAACGGGGAGAAGCCUCAGGAGCAGCAGUUCGAUCCCAGCCGGAGUAAGGGCCUCUCGUCUCAAACUGCCUUUGCUUCGUUCGCACGUUCCGUGAUUGGCAUCAUCAAAAGGAAAGCUUUGAUUAAAGAACUAGCUGCUGCUUACCAUGCUGAGUGUGUAACAUGCUGUAAAGAGCUUCUGCAACUCCAGAGAAAGUGGGAGGAGGAGCAAUACGUCGAAGCUAAGAUGCCCGAAGAACCAAAACGGCCGGUGAUGAAGCCUUCCAAGCGUAGGAGGAAGUAGCUCUAGGAGACUGAUUCAUACUGUUCUCUUUCAGAAAAAUGAGAUGAAAAUGUGACCACCAAAACUCAGUGGACUCUCUGCUGCAUUAACGCAUUGUAGUUUUAGAGCCAUUGGAUCGAAGAUCGACCACCAUUAUCGGCCAGACAUGUAUAUGAUUGUUCUUUUUAAAAAGGAUGGUAUCAUCUUAAUUGUAGCGAAAAGCUAGUAGUAAAUGGUUUGAGCAAUC